AUGGAGUUGGCAUCUGAGUACCAAGCCUCAAGUGUGAGGCGCUCAGUCCUUGAGGUGCCCCUGCCUAAGACGGCUGCUCCUUGAAAAUCAAAACUGUGACCAGUUUCCCCGAUGUGAGCCGCAAGCUGUGAGUUUCGGUCUAGUCUCCGUGUUGCCAGUUUGUGCUCAUGUAGGCGGGUCUGCAAUUUCCGUCCGGUUUCCCCAACGUAAUUGCAGUCUCCAUCCUUACAACGUAUUUGAUAGACAACUGCUGAGGUUUCAGUGGGUGGCAGUAUGUCUUUGGGCUGCAUCAAACGGCGACGAAUUGUUGCCUGGGGUCGGUGGGCAAUACCUACCCUGGCGGGUUGUAGCAGUCUUGAAACCGCCUCGGAGACUCCUUUAAUGUAAGGAAUAGCCCUCCAGACUUCGGGUUGUUCUUCUUGUGGCCGUCGUCUGUUCAUUUGGCGCUUGCUUUGCUUGAUGAAGUGGCAUGGGUAUCCAUUGGUUCGAAAGAGAUCAUGCAGAUAUUGUCGUUCAACUCUUUUGUCGGCUGGUGUGCUGCAGUGUGUUUCAACUCAGUUGUGUCCGUACUCUGUUUUGCUAACCUUACUUUCCACUUUCCUCUCUCCGCAUCAGAUUCUUCUGCCGAAGGAGGCUGAUCUGCGCGGACUCAUCGUCCUCGCCGAGGUGACAGAAUGCGACAAGUUCUUUAUGCGCGGUCGCAUCCUCGAUCGGGGCCCCUUCAACUCCCUCCUCCAGGGUCCUGAGGCGGAGGCGUUGGACAUCACGCUCCCCGAGGUGCCCCUACAGGUUCGGAGUCGCAAGCCUGCGUCUUCGGCUAUUGCCUCCAGACUGAAGCCCUCAUUUUCUUCCUCUUCAAUCCCGAAGGCCUCCUCGCCGCCUUGGAAUGCAAAAAUCCUGGUAUAUAUACCCAUUCUGCGUUGACUAAGUUGUCUGUUUCCCUGACCACUCUUCAUCUGCCCCCACUCCUCCCCCUACCCCGGUUAACGUACAGUUGGUAGGCUACCUCAUGAAAUGUCAACCGAAAUUCCGAAAUGCCUUUUCGUUUCGAAAAGAUUAAUUAAAUAGAAUUGUAAAACUAGUCAGCCUGCAACAUAAUUCUAUAAUGUUUCAGUUACCUCAAGAUGCCGGCUUUCAAAUGAACAUCCUUCCGGCUGCAUGCAAAAACCACACUGUCAAAAAUGACAACUUCAGUAGCUUGAAUUUUUUCAUUGAUUUUCUAUGCCUCCAAGUGUAACAGUAGAGCGGGUUCAAAAUUAUUCGGGAAUUGGAAAAAAUUUUGAAAACCGAAUUGUACCAUUCCUUUGAGUAUAAAAUUGGAAGAAGACGUAAUUUUCUACCGAAAGAGUGAAAGAAUGAAUAUUUGAAUGCGUGUUUGGCAUCGAAAAUCAAUGAGAAAAUUGCAUGCUAAGUAAGUAGUCAUUUUUGCAGAGUAUAGUUCUUGCAUGCAGUCAGAAAGAAAUUCAUUCGAAAGCCUACACCCUGAGGUAACUGAAAUGUUAGAGAAUUAUGUUGCAGGCUGACUAGUUUUGCAACCCUACUUAGUUGAUUUUUUCAGAACGAAAACGCAUUUCGGAAUUCCCGUUGACAUUUUAUAAGUUAGCCCACUUACUGUAUUUGCCUAAUGCCUCAUCGAUUGCGUGAUCUCUGAGGGUUCCGCCAUUUGUGAUUUCAAUGGGAGCAUGGGGUCGCCUGCACACUUCUUUAGAUCCCAUUUUCCCUGCUUAUUUGUUGCAAACCUCACCCGUGGACCUCUGCUGCGCCAAUUGGCUUAGUCUAGAGGACGUUUUCCGGAUCUCGCAAUGGUCGGAUUCGCCGUUGCGGCCCGACCUCGCCUUCCAGUUCUAUGUAGGUCCGACCCCUCGCGUCACGACUGUUGGCGCGUCGUGCAAGCCCAAAGAAGAGCCCAGUUGUUUGUGGCAAGGUGAGAGGACAUCACUCUCUCCUCUUAUCUGUGGAAUUUCACGGCCAAACCGGCUAGAGAUUAGAUGCAAUGACGUAAAACCCCGUGUGCCACGCGCAGUUGCUAUUGUCCGCCUCUUUACGUUCUAAAACUUAGUCCUCACAACAGCUCGUCGCAGUGGAGAAGGUGUGAUCACUGGGACAAGAAGUUUAUUGGCCCGACGUUUUGAAUCUAUUCUACGAGACAAAUACGAUGGAACGGAGAAUCGCCUCGGACACGCUCAAUUCCUCCAACUCCUGAAUUUCUUUCUCAGGACGUACUAUACAUUCGACGGAACAAUCUACGAGCAGGUGAUGGUCACGCCAAUGGGUUCGUCGAUUUCAGGACUGACAGCUAAAGUGGUCUUACAACGGUUGGAGUUGCUGGUUUUCCGACACCACAGGCCGAAAUUCUGGGCUCAGUAUGCGGAUGAUACAUUCGCCAUCGAACGAGAUCGGGUGUUGACGUUCGAAGGACGCAUCAACGCCGUCUCCCCGGACAUUCAGUUUACGAUGGAGGAGGAAUGAAAACAAGUAGCUGGUUUUUCUGGAUGUCCUCGUUUGCCGCAAGGAUUUUAGUGGUUAAAAAAUUAAAAGUUCGGGAAAGCGACAAAUACGACGCAAGUACUGAAUUUACCAGCAACCACCCGAUCAGUCACAAACACGGUUGCAUAAGUACGCUAUACUAGCCCGUUGAUACGCAUUGCAGUGAAACGGAAGACAAGGUUCCGAAAUACAAUACCUUUGACGGGUACUGAGAGCCAAUGGCUACCCGCGCAACUUUAUCAAUCAGUGCAUACGCGAAUGAUACCAGAGACCAAAUCCAACCGGCCCUAAAUUUUGACAAGCUCUUCCGUUCGUGAAGACCGUCUCAGAACCCGUCAGCCGCCUUCUCACUCCACUUGGAGCACAGGCCGAAGCAACUUUCAGGCGCCGAAAGACCCACUGUCACGGCAGGAAACAUCUGGAGUCGUUUAGCGGAUCUGGCGCAGAGCAACUACCUCGGAGAAAGCGGGAGAUUACUCCGGACGCCAAUGGCCGAGUACGCAGCGACGGUGAGAAAGACGCGGGCUCUCAGGUGCUGGCUCAUUCGACGGGGCCCGGCCAUAUUUUCGAGUUUCAAAGGGCCUAAAUCCUCGCAAGAGGUGGCAACCGCGUGAGCCACGAGCUCCUCGAGUCAUGGUUCUCAGGUCCGCAAUCCGUCAACAAGCGCAAUGACCUCCCGCUACCGUAUUCCAUGCUGAGAUUUUCCCUGGAUAGGGGAAUCAAUAACGUGGGGAAGGCGUGGGCGAGCAACGAUCCUAGUGACAGCGAGCCAAAUGGGCGAGUAAUCAUCACACCAGCAUCCAGCACGGAUGGUGGAAUCGCGGCAAUUUACGGCUCGGACGCGGACUGGCAAGCCAUCAUCGCAUGAAUUACAACCCCCAGCGAUGGUCGUGGUAGCUAUUAAUUAUAGUACGCAUGUGGUCCCACGGCAGCUGCGUUUUAUAAAUACCGAACUUCUUGUGCCUCCACUUAUCUGCGACUUUCUGUGAUGUUGGGUUCGAGCGAGAAUCCAAAACGUUAGGCUGAUAAGCGUCUUGAUCCAGCGAUCGCACCUGCCUCUUCUGAACUGUAUCCUGAGAAUCACAUGCUUGCUUUAAUCCCCGCAGUAUACUGCAAUCGUUCAUCCAGGUAUGUGGAUGACCGUAGGUUCACGUAAUUUUCAGUCCUCAUAUGGUCGUGGCGCUGUUUGCUAAGGUGAGAUGGCAGUAACCUCGCAGUAGUACUGCUGCUGGGAGAUAUGCACGAGACACUUUCAUUCUAACGAACUUGGACGUGAGAGGGGGGAAUGAAUGUGGCAGACAUACGUCCUCCUUCUUUCUCUUGAAGCCGUUGGGUAGGAUUGAGAUUUCCUUGCUAACUUAAUUAUCGGUUAUUCAAGAUACACCGGGUCUAGCCUCCACAAAGGGCAGGUGUCUGUUUGGUAUUUAACAUCUAUUUCGAUGCCGAGCAUGUGGCAUAUUUAUGUGAUCGGUACGUACUUGUUCCUGUCCAUUUAUCGCCUCCCUUCCUUCCCUGUGUUCCUUUCAGUUGCCAACCCUGUUGAUCGUCCUACUUUCUCUGCUGUGGAUUGCGACCCAGUGUACAAAGGUGCAUUUUGGAUUCCAUUCCUCCUUGUGA